UUCAUUGACUGUUGCCGUGUGCGAGAGAAGCUAAUUCCGGACCCUCCGAAGGCCGUAACUAACCGGUAAUAUUAGCCUUUCGUAGGCCGCACAUUUCACGUUGGUCCGUGCUUGGAAUGCAUGCAUGUGAUAUUUAAACUUCAUGUCGGUAAUGGGUCGUCAGGAAAUGGCUAGCUGUCAUUGCUAACAUUCGGUAGCGUUAGCUAGCAGCCUCCCGUCAGCUUCCAACCAUGUAUGCCUGCUCCAAGUUUGUCACUUCUCCUGCUGUGCUGCGUGGGGGGUCCAGAGUCCUUGCCCGGCCAGUCUCAGCCUGCCUCUUCAACAGACCUGAAGUCACAGUGGAGCAGCAGGCCCUACUGCCAGUCAGCCAGUCUGCAGUCCUGACCCGCUCCUUCCAGACCAGCGCUGUCUCCCGGGACAUUGACACUGCCGCCAAGUUCAUUGGUGCUGGUGCUGCCACAGUGGGUGUGGCUGGCUCAGGAGCUGGAAUCGGAACAGUGUUCGGCAGCCUCAUCAUUGGCUAUGCCAGGAACCCCUCCCUGAAGCAGCAGCUCUUCUCCUAUGCCAUCCUGGGCUUUGCUCUGUCUGAGGCUAUGGGGCUCUUCUGUUUAAUGGUGGCGUUCCUCAUCCUCUUCGCCAUGUAAACCUGUGAACGCAUCCACAGAUCCAUCACUUACCCUUUCUCCCCCUGUCUCCUUUCCUUCCUUGCUCCCUUUCCCUCCCUUUCGCCCAUCCGGAGGGAUGGUUUCCAUGACGGGAACUCUGAAUGAGCUGGGUAGGCCAUUCCAAUCAAUGGAAAAAUAUUCAAGGAAAAAUAUUUACAUUGGAGUCUAACCAACCUCCAGUCCUACAUUUUUAUGUUCCUACACUUAUUUUUGUUUUUCAGAAGUUUUAUGUAAGACCUCACUUCGGUUGAAAUCUGUCCAAAAUAAAUGGUUGGGAUAACUAAA